CUUCCCAACUCGAACCACUUCAAAUCCUUUUUUUUAAAAAUAAAAAUCACCGACCUGCAAUCCCUCCACUCCUCGAAGAACCUGAAGCAGACAUAUAGACAAACUUUCAAACACCCCUCCCUGCCUUCUUCUCCUCCUUGGAACACUAACCAUGGCAUGCCCAGCAGCUGCCAAUCCAAUCUAUAGAGCCCACCAAUCGAGUCCCCUCCUGGGCCUCAACCGCUCUAAAUCCAUCAAACAACGAAGAAAAUCUCCCUCCUCCAUCCAUUGCUCCACCUCCUCCCAUUCCCUCCUCAACCUCCCCACCCGCUCCUCCUCCUCCUCCUACCCCCCUUCUCCUUAUGUCAAAGAUGUGGGCUUGCCAUCGCCGUCGUCGACGGCGACCAUCACCAAGCCCUCCAGCAAACCCGAUCAACGGAAUUACCGCCGCGACGAUGGCCAGACCGCCCGGCCCCACUGGAAUUGGAACCUCCUCCAGCGGCUGGCUGCCACGGCGCUGGACACCGUCGAGGACGCCUUCAUAUCCAACGUGCUCGAGCGCCCGCACCCGCUGCCCAAGACCUCCGACCCCGCCGUCCAGAUCGCCGGCAAUUUCGCCCCCGUCGGCGAGCAGCCCCCCCACCACCACCUCCCCGUCUCCGGCAAGAUCCCGCCGUUCAUCAAUGGAGUAUACGUGCGGAACGGCGCCAACCCGCACUUCCAGCCGGUCGCCGGCCACCACUUCUUCGAUGGGGAUGGCAUGGUCCACGCCGUCCACCUCCGCAAUGGCGCCGCCAGCUAUGCGUGCCGGUUCACCGAGACGGAGCGGCUCCGGCAGGAGCACGCCCUCGGGCGGCCUAUCUUCCCCAAGGCCAUCGGCGAGCUCCACGGCCAUUCCGGCAUCGCCCGCCUCCUCCUCUUCUACGCCCGCUCCCUCUUUGGCCUCGUCGACCCCUCCCACGGCACCGGCGUCGCCAACGCCGGACUCAUCUACUUCCACGACCGCCUCCUCGCCAUGUCGGAGGACGACCUCCCCUACCACGUCCGCAUCACCCGCUCCGGCGACCUCGAGACCGUCGGACGCUACGACUUCGACGGCCAGCUCCGCUCCGCUAUGAUCGCCCACCCCAAGCUCGACCCCGUGUCCCGCGAGCUCUUCGCUCUCAGCUACGACGUCAUCCAGAAGCCAUACCUCAAGUACUUCCGCUUCUCCCCCGCCGGAGAGAAGUCACCGGACGUCGAGAUCCCCCUCGACCAGCCGACCAUGAUGCAUGACUUCGCCAUCACCGAGAAUUUCGUCGUCGUCCCCGACCAGCAGGUGGUCUUCAAGCUCCAGGAGAUGAUCCACGGCGGCUCACCGGUCGUCUACGACCGCACCAAGACCUCGCGGUUCGGAAUCCUCCCCAAGCACGCCGCCGACGCGUCGGAGAUGAAGUGGGUCGACGUCCCGGACUGCUUCUGCUUCCACCUCUGGAACGCCUGGGAGGAGCCCGGCACCGGCGAGGUCGUCGUCAUCGGCUCCUGCAUGACGCCGGCCGACUCCAUAUUCAACGAGAGCGAUGAGAGCCUCAGGAGCGUGCUGUCGGAGAUCCGGCUCGACCGGACCACCGGAAAAUCCACCCGACGGCCCAUUCUCGCCCCUGCCGACCAAUUGAACCUCGAGGCCGGAAUGGUGAACCGGAACAAGCUCGGCCGGAAGACCCGCUACGCUUACCUGGCCAUCGCCGAGCCAUGGCCCAAGGUGUCGGGCUUCGCCAAGGUCGACCUCUUCACCGGCGAGGUGGCCAAGUUCAUGUUUGGCGAGGAGCGGUACGGCGGGGAGCCAUACUUCGUGCCGAGGCACCCGUCGUCGCCGAGGGAGGACGACGGGUACGUCCUCACCUUCAUGCACAAUGAGAAGACGUCGGAGUCGGAGCUGCUCAUCGUCAACGCCGCCGACAUGCGCCUUGAGGCAUCGGUGAAGCUGCCAUCCAGAGUUCCUUACGGUUUCCAUGGGACAUUCAUCAACUCAAAGGACCUGGAAUCACAGGCAUAGAAGAGGAGAGGAGCCAGUACUCCUCUUCCCCUAUGCCUAUCUUCAUCCUUUUCUGAACAGGGGAGAUCUUAGCAGAGGGAUAUGCUUCCCAUAGAGGUCCCCGGAGUCUCCUCAGUUAGUUUAUUCUAUUUUCUUCCUUCCUACAGUUGGUAAUAGUGAGAGAGUAGAGACCAGCGUGUAGCUUUGUUGGGGCUAUAGUUAGGUUCCCCGAGCUCAGCUGGUCUCUGUUAUUCUUUCCUCUAUUUACUUUUCUUUAUUUUUUUUAUUUCUUUUUUUUUGGCCCCCCUUAGCCUAUAGAUAGUGAUACAGAUCAUGAUGAUAGCUUUGUUCCAUAAUAAUUCUGUCCACCAUCUUCUCGUGUCUGGGUAUUGAGGGAAGGGGGUUCUUGUACUCCCAUGUGUAGGCAAGCACGGGGCCCCCUCCCCUUGGUAUCCUCCGUUGUGAAUAUUACUCAGAUUAUAAUAAUGUUGCACUUGGACACCAUCA